AUGGUUCCAAUCAAUGGAUUCUCAUUCCUAUCGGUAGGAGACGCCCUUCGAGGACCUCCAAAACCUCGUUCUCGAAAAGCUAACAAGAAAGCAAUGGCUGAUGUUAUGUCACAUCAAGGGAAUGAAGAUCAUUGGAAAUACCGGAAUCUUCGAAAUUCAGAAGCAUCUUAUGAAGCCACAGAUUCAUCGACAUCUGCUUCAUCACCGGAUGUCAUUGAAGUUUAUCAGUCAAAUCAGACAUCACCAAACGCUCCAAUAAUUCAGCCGACUCCAGAAGUCAAAAAAUCCACAUCCUUCCAUCACCCAUUUAUAAACUUGGAAACCUUCUACAUUGACAUGCAAAAAGAAUUGCCAAUGCAGAUACCAGAGGAUCUUCUAAAAGAGGGAACUCGAAACCGUCUUCUAGCUAUUCAAAGAAUGGAAGAAGCCAAGAAACGUGGAUCUGGAGCUAGAUCAGAAGCAUCUCAUGAUUAUCCGGAUGUCAUUCAAAUUGCCUCGCAGCCGCCACUUCCACCCCAGCCAGAGCAACUAUCAGUGAUGCCAAAAAAAGCGCCAAAAAAAUCGUCAAAGCCUAGAGCGCCGAAGGUACCAAGGGAAAUCUCCCCUCUAGCGAUGCCAGCUGCUUCUCCACAAGCUGUUCAAGGUUUUUCUACGAAUGGGUGUAAACAGAAUGUUCCAGCACAAUCCCCGAAUGUUCAAUCGCCUCUCUUCAUGCCAAUCACGCAACAAAUGCUUUUCCAGCCUACACAGAACUAUCCAAUGAGCCCUGGACCACCUCUUCAGAACUUUGCAACAAAUGGGUAUCAACAGAUGCAAGCUCCACCGCAGUCUCCGAUUCCAAUGCUUGCCCAGACUCAAUAUCCCAUGAGUCCACUGGCUGGACCACCAAAAGGACCACCUUCGGUGAAUCCUAAAGUCGAUAGACCCCAACUUCGAAGCUUGCUAACUGGUCAGCCGUCAAGACCGCAGAGUGAUGUUCCUCCAAUUUCUCCGCAGGUCCCAAAACAGGAAUCGCUUCUCGUCCGCAUCUUCACAGAUCCUGACUUUAAAAUUCCGGAGAGUCGCUACCAUAGUCCAUUGUCCCAGACACAAAUAGAGGAUGUUCAGAAACAAACGAUGACUGAGAAACAGCAAGCAACACCACCUCCACUGGUUCCACUAGCACCAUCUUCAUUUCUUCCACCCCACGUAUCCCCGAUGAUUCAAUCGCAACCACUCUCACCACAUAUGCCACCGAUGGUUCAUAAUGUUCAGCAGCAACCAGUACCAAUUACAGUCCCUCAGCCAGUUCCAGGCUCUGCACGAAAAAUCUACAAAAUCAGAGCGGAUGUUCUGAAGCCAAAGCCAGCGCCGAAAAAGCCGAGAGCUUAUCGCAAGCGACCAGCAGUUCCUGUUCUGGACAAUUCUAUGCAACAAGCACCACAACAACAAAUUGCUCAAGUAAACACAGUUUGCAACCAAUAUGACCCUGAAAGUGCUUUGAAGGAAUUCGAUGCGUUUGAAAUGGCAAACGACGCUGCUGGACCUUCUCUCUCCGAUGCUUUCAUGUCACGUGCCGAACCAUUGGAAACUAUCCAAUUCGAGGAGCCAGCUUCUCCUGAAACCCCGUCAUAUGAGGAGGAUCCUUUCGCAGGAAUCAACGAGCCAGAUUCCUUCGAUUUCUUCUAA